AUGGCUUGCGAUGAUGGUACCCCAGCCCCAGAGUGCGAUUCUCGCCAUGGGACAGGGAGCCGACGCGGAGAUUCGAAUCUCUCUCGUCGUGAAAGGAAACGGGCCAGUGAUCGAAUGUCACAGCAAGCAACGAGAGCGAGGACGAAGGCGUACAUUGCACACCUUGAAAGCACCACCCAAAGGCUGACAGAAGCACUGGCGGGUGAAGGGACCGCCGCACUCUCCAAGCGAUUGUCGGAACAGCAUGACCAGAUUGAGACUUUGAAGAAGGCGCUGGCGCGGAUUGCCAUGGUCGCCAAUGCCGCCAAUAAUGGCUGUAAUGCGAACGACUCUGAGUCCUUUCUCAGGGCCGAAGUAGAGAGCCGUUCGCUACGAGAUACUAUCCUUUCAAACCGGUGUGAGACGAUCCUACCGAGUACCGAAGCUUCUGUGGUGGACUCCAAGUGUGGCUGCUUUCCCUCGGACACAUUAGCGCCCGCAAAUGCUUUCGCGCAACAAGAAUCCCUACUGCAAAUGUAUUCCCUGCCAGAUCUUCUUUGCGGAAAUCAAGACCGCGACUACUUCAGCAUUCUCAAUCAAGCAUUGGAGACCAUCGAGAAUAACCACGCCCGCCACCUGUUUUCCGGACCCGAAGUUGACGAUGACACUUGUAUUCGAGCGAUACUACACGGGUGGGAUGCGGCCAGGAGCAGAAACCCCUUUGAUGUCGGUUGGCAAUUGCUAGAGUUGCUGGAUGAAGGUCUCUUCUGUAGAAGUGGGUCGGUGGAGCGAAUGGCCAUUCUGAGGGUUAUGAGAGCUAUGCUUAUGACAAAAAUCAAUCCUCGACUCACACCUGAACGGAGACCGCCUGCUUAUAUGAAUCCAAGGUUAGCAUAUCGCAGGCCAUCCCAAUUUUUAUUGCUAAUGAAGUAUAGUCACUUGCAACUUCAAGUUAGUCAUGUAAGAUUGAUCGAUUACUUUACCUGGCCUGAAGUUCGUGAUUACCUGAUCAUCAGUGGUAUCACAUACGCGCCGGAGAGUUUGGCCGCACAGUUUGCCGCAGAUAUUGGCCUCAAGUGGCCAUACACCCUGCGAGACACUUGUACAUAUCGACCCUCAACUGGGAGGUACACGUUUUCCCACGAGUUCACUGCCGUGUGUGAUGACUUGGAAUCAUGGUAUAUGAAGUCGCCCUCCAUACCAAGUCAUUUGCCGAUUUCCCCAGACAAAUUUACCACAGGCUCUGAGGAGGACUGGUGCGAACCUCUAUGCGAGCAGUGGAACAUGCCGCUCAAAGACUUCCCUGAGACCUCCCUGUUCUCAUGA